CAUUUCUCUUUAAUAAAUAAGUAUUAGUGGCUCGUUGUUAGCCUUCCUAUUGAACAAUUCCUUCACUUAACCCCGGAGCACUCACUCGAUAGUAACCAUGCGGAGCUUGUGGCUAAAUACGUUGACCAAGCAAAGCUUAUAUCGGUUGAGCACCAAAAGGUACUCCACCAACAAUGAGCCCAAGGAACCUGUGGUAAAAACUAAAUCAAUACCUGGCCCGAAAUCGAUUGAGCUUAAGAAACAACUGGAUUCUGUUCAGGCCACCGGAACCAUCCAAUUUUUUGCUGAUUACGAAAAGUCCAUUGGAAAUUACAUCUACGACGUGGAUGGAAAUGUUUUACUAGAUGUCUACACUCAAAUCUCCUCAGUUCCCUUGGGUUAUAAUCAUCCGAGACUUUUCAAGGUCUUCAACAAUGAGCAAAACCUGAAAACUUUGAUUAACAGACCUGCACUUGGUGUCUUCCCUGGCAAAGAAUGGCCAGAUAAACUACAUUCCGUUCUGUCGAGUAUUGCACCGAAAGGACUCAACAAAAUCACGACGAUGAUGUGUGGUUCGUGUUCAAAUGAAAAUGCAUAUAAGAGCAUCUUUAUCUGGUAUCAAAACAAACUUCGCGGCAAUACGCCCCUUACCGAGCAAGAGAAAACCUCCUGCAUGAUAAACAUUCCUCCAGGAGCUCCAAAACUAAGUAUUCUCUCAUUCAAGGGAGCUUUUCAUGGGCGCACCUUAGGCGCUCUAUCCACAACUCAUUCAAAGUAUAUUCAUAAGCUGGAUGUUCCUUCCUUCGAUUGGCCAAUCGCCUCGUUCCCUGAAUACAAAUAUCCCUUGGAGGAAAAUGUGCAGCACAAUAAGAAGGAGGAUGAAAAGUGCCUUAGCGAAGUGCAGGAUCUUAUUCAGCAGUAUGCCAGCAAGAAUCCUGUGGCCGGAAUUGUGGUGGAGCCCAUUCAAAGUGAAGGAGGCGACAACGAAGCAUCGCCCGAAUUCUUCAGGAGCCUGCAGGCGAUCUGCAAGAAGAACGGCAUUGCCCUCUUGAUUGACGAAGUGCAAACCGGAGGUGGUAGCACCGGCAAGUUCUGGGCCCAUGAGCACUUCGAGCUGGACGGUCCCCCCGAUGUCGUAACGUUCAGUAAGAAGUUGCAGUUGGGUGGCUACUUCCAUAACGAUGACUUUUUACCGAAUGAGCCGUACAGAAUCUUCAACACUUGGAUGGGCGAUCCGGGAAAAGUGCUUCUCUUGGAGGAAAUUGUGAAGGUAAUUCAGGAGGAAAAGCUGUUGGCCAAUGUCGCUGUGGCCGGAAAGGUUCUGAAGAAUGGUUUGUUGAGCCUGGAGAAGGAAUUCCCGCAUAUCUUGAACUCAACACGCGGUCGUGGAACAUUCUUGGCCAUUAAUUGCACCAACACCAAAGUGCGAGAUCAAAUAAUCGGCGCCCUGAAGUUGCACGGCAUUCAGACGGGAGGAUGUGGGGAUAUUUCCAUUAGAUUCCGCCCAGCUUUGAUAUUCCAGGAAUAUCACGCAAACAUCGUCCUUGACCGCUUCCGCAAAGUUCUUCAAAGUAUUUAAGAAAAAAAUGAAAAAAACAAAAUAUGAUUGUGCUCUGAAAAUUGCCACUGCAUGCAGUAUAUAUAUGUUACAAAAAUGAAUAAUAAAAUGACUUUAUUUUAUCCUUA